AUGCGUUCUCACCAGACUGUCGAUCAUCACCACACCCUGAUACGAGGGAAACUCUCAGCUGAGCAUCACUUGUCCAAUGGUACCAAAAGCAACAAUCUACCCCUGUUGAAGUCAGUCCCAACAGACCAGCAGCCCUUGUUAUGUCGAGAUUCAUCAAUAUCUACUCAAUCACAUUCUACCUUUCCAUCGCCCAAUCUUUCCUUCAUAGACAAAUAUGGCCGUUACCGCCAGAUGGUCCACUACGGCUCAAAUAGCACAACCCGUCUCCACGAAACAAAAAACAAAACGGAUAACCAACUCGUCGCCAUAAAAGUCUACAGACGAUCCAUCCUCAGGGGUCCACGCAGCUCCACCCACUCGACGGCCCUCCACCCAAGCCACCCAAACAUCCUCCCAAUCCUGGACAUCCUCCACAACGACCGCGACGAGCUCUGCCUGGUAAUGCCCUACUGCGCCGGCGGCGACCUAAACACCCUCCUAUCCCGCAAAGGCGCCCUCCCAACCCAAGAAGCAGACUGUAUAAUAACCCAGCUGCUACGCGCCCUUGCCUACCUCCACGAUCACGGCCUGGCACACCGCGACGUCCGUCUCGAGACAGUCCUGCUCACUGCCAGUGGAUCCGUGAAGCUAGCCGGCUUUGGCGACGGACAUAUCCGACGCAUCUGGGAGGAGACUAGCGGGGGAAAAGGAAUGCUUCCCUCGCGACCACAGCCUGCACAAUCCGCAUGGUCGUUCACACUACCCUGGCCGCUGAAUUCAUUAUGUCGUCCGAAUUCAGAAGCGGGUAGUGAUAGUAAGCCUGUCAUUGCGAACGCGCCUACAGCUUCGUUUGUGGGUAUGAGACUUCCUUAUAUUCCUCCGGAAGAAUUCAAACUACAUUUCCAAUCUCAUAUGCAUCGGGAUGAUAGACAUGAUGACCGUGAUGAGUGCGAUUCUCGUCCUGCGGAUGUUUGGGCUUCUGCUAUGGUUUACAUGGCGCUUGUCACAGACAAGAUGUUGUGGCGCAGUGCGCGGCCGAAUCAGGAGGAUUCGCGGUAUCUGGAUUACCUUGAUGCUCGGAGUGCUGUGGAUGGAUACCCGCCAAUCGAGACUCUGGGACGGAGACGACGCAACGCCAUCUAUGCAAUGCUGCAUCCCUACUCUUGGAAACGUAUCACAACUUCGACCUUGCUGCGAUCAGAAUGGAUAAGUAGUGUGAUGGUUUGCGAAGCGGGAGCAAAUGGAUAUUGA